CUAGGUUCUCCGGUGAUAGUGACAGUGUUUGGUGAUUUUCUAGUGAAUGGUUUUGUGAAUCUGCUGCACUCUCCUGUUAUCAUUACCCAGUUCCCAGCACAGGCAAUAAUAGUAGCCGCACUAGCAGGGGUGUGUUCAAGUGGUACUAGAUCGGAAGUUUUUCGUGGAAAACCGAAAGUGCGAUUGAAACCGUGGAAGAUACCUGGCGCCGGAAGUGAGCGAAAGAAAGGCCAGCGCCGUCAGAGUGUUGUGAUCAAGGGCUGAGCCUGUUCUAUUCUGUGCUGUUACUACAGUGGUUGCGGAAUUUUUCGCUGGAUUGAAGCGUAAAAUGGGAAAAAUUGGAGCAUCCUAGUUUGAAACGAUGUCGUGCAUACACCGGAAGUGCAUCAAUGCAAAGGGAAAACCAGACGCGCAGCUGAAAAAGGACUCGGAGAAGAUCGUUGGAAGCUAUUGUCUUCAUCAUCGCGUUUGAAUUUUCUUAAGAAGCAUCAUCUAGAGACCAAAGAAUGACCUCACGCUUGGACCGUUUGUUUAUCCUGCUGGAAUCCGGCUCGGCAGCCCUGACCCGCAAAGCGGCAGCUAAACAGAUCGGAGAGGUCCAGAAACUGCACCCGCACGAGCUGCACAACCUGCUGGGGCGGCUGCUGACCUACCUGCACAGUAAGGACUGGGAUACACGAAUUGCCGCGUCUCAGGCAGUACAGGCGAUCCUGGAGAAUGUCCCCCAGUGGGACCCAAUAGGUGCUGAUGCAGCAGAGGAUGGUAAUGAUUAUAAUACUCAAACCGGAGCGGAAAGCUCCCGGCUGUCGUUCGAUAAGUUCGAUUUGAAUGCAGUGCUGCACCGGGGAGCCCGACUGAUGGGUUCCGAAGGCACUGAGUUCGAUGCGAUCGACGAGAAUGAUGGAGGUGAUCCGAGGGAAAAGUGGGCCCGCCAGAGAGCGCUACUUAACGAGAAGUUAGGCCUCAGUACGGGCGUGAAUUUGGACGAUAUUGUAUCGAUUGAGGAUAUGCAGAAUCGAAGUUUUCAGGUGCAACUCAACAGACAGGACAGUGAAAGAAUGAUGCCAGUUCAGGAAAUAUUAAAGUUGGAGACUGACGGAUCUAGUCAAGCGUUAAGCUGCCGAGAGAAAAAUCGUGCCCGAAGAAAAGCACGCGAGCAGCAGAAAGCUUUCCCGAAUCCAAUCAAUGCAGUGAUGGGGGGAAAUUCCUGCAUAAAUGGAUCGGCCGGCGAUGGAGAACCGGAACGAAAACGACUCAAAACAGAUGGUAAAUCAGAUAUGGUUACAUUUUCUGAUCCUGUACCCGACCUCACUGGAGCGUGGGUGGAUGCAACGGAAUGGCCUCUAGAAUCAUUCUGUUCGAAGCUUUAUAUGGACCUGUUCAGUCCGCGAUGGGAAACACGCCAUGGAUCGGCGACAGCUCUCCGUGAGCUGCUUAAGAGUCAUUCCCAAGGAGCUGGAAAAAGUAUUUUCAUGACAAAGAAGCAGAUGAACGAGCAGCAUCAACUAUGGCUGGAAGAUGCAACAUUACGACUGCUCUGCGUUUUGGCGUUGGACCGAUUCGGAGAUUUUGUUUCAGAUCAGGUCGUUGCACCUGUGCGAGAAACUUGUGCCCAAGUUCUUGGCACAGUACUAAAGCAACUUCCUCUGCAAAACGUCCAUAGAACUGUAAGCAUUCUUCUCACGUUUAUUAAGCAAGCAGACUGGGAAGUCCGCCAUGGUGGGCUAUUGGGAAUCAAGUAUAUGCUCGUCGUUCGGGAAGAUUUGGUUCAAACCUUUCUACCGGUAAUUAUAAACGAUGUGUUGACAGGACUUUUUGACUCCGUCGAUGACGUGGGAGCCGUGGCCGCAGCCACCAUUAUACCGAUCGCUUCUUGGUUACCGAAGCUGCUUACGAAAACUCAGGUCUCUCACAUAGUUAAACUUUUAUGGGACCUGCUGCUAGACCAGGACGAACUGGCGUCUGCUUGUAAUAGCUUUAUGGGACUGCUGGCUUCAAUACUAAGCCUUCCAAAUGCAUCAAGUUGGAUUCAAAUGGAAUCAAUGUCGAUUCUAGUUCCAAGACUUUGGCCAUUUCUCAGUCACUGCACAUCUUCUGUGCGGAGAUCUACACUUCAAACUCUGCGAACUCUCACGGAUAGUAAACUAACUGCCCAAAUAGAACCCGUAACACCAACCGGAAACAACGGCAGCAUAAACGGCAAAGCAACCUCCGUCAUCGUCAGUACGGCGGAAGCCUUAGCUAAGGCCGCAACCGAAACCAAUACAAUUCUCCAGGUUGAUGAUUCGCAGAAUUUGGGUCUAAACUUCGGAGUACAGGAAUGGCCACCCGCGUUGCUACAGGAAGCCCUCCGUCAUAUUUUCCAGCGGGUGCUGGUGGAACACGUUGAAGACAUUCAGACAUUAGCGGAGGAAGUAUGGGCCAACCUUAUCACCAAUGCAGAACUAUCCGCUUUGCUUCACGCUUCAUGUCCGUAUGUUGCCACAUGGUUGUGCUUGGCGAUGCAACCGGUCCGACUCGCGUUCGAUCCUUCUUCAAUGAUCUACGCCAAACCGAAUCAACCCUCACAGAUGCGAGAACGUCGCCGGCAGUUUGAUUCCUUUGAAAGUGGUACACCUUCUCGGCAAAAAUUGUUCCUUGGUGGCUCGGAAACGAUCCCGGUCGAGGUUCGGGAGAAGAACGUAAUUCGAGCCCGCAUUAAAACUUCGCGAAUGAUUGGCUUACUGUCCCGGUAUCUGGUCCUUCCGGCUCCUGGUGUUGAAUACACUCCGGAAAUAGAAAGUCCCAUUGAUUGUUAUACCAAAGUGUUACUCGGCUAUUUGCAGUCUCGUUCAGCUUUACAAAGAUUGAUAGCUAGUCUUGUGAUUGCUUUUUGGUGUUCAUAUGACGAUACAAUAAAACCAGGACCAGCUUCACUGCAAGAGCGGUUGAAGGUUUGUCUAAACGAAUACGUUUAUUACGAUGAAGUGGGAAUACUUUUUACUAGAUUGCUACAAGAGAGUCGAGAUUAUUUAGCUACACUAAAGCAACACAAGAUCCAGUUCUUAGAGUUUGAGAGCUUAAAAGUACUGAGCUUAGAUCAAAUCUUCCAACUAUGCACAGUGAUGUCAGAGAACAUGAAAAACAAGUAUGGCUUGAAGACCAAAAUAGCAGAAAUGUUGGAUGAACGUCGUAGGGGAUUAUUCAAUUCACAUGCCAGUACGUCAUUGGAACAAAGUAAUCUCCAUAUCAGUACCCAGGCAUCACUUUCCGGAGCGGUGGUUAGUUUGAAAUGUCUUCCCGAAAAGUUAAAUCCUGUUGUAAAACCCCUGAUGGAAUCUAUUAAACGUGAAGAAUGUGAACUACUGCAAAAGCUCUCCGCCACUUAUCUGGCCGACCUGCUUGAUCAAGUUACAGUUCGCAAUCCCUGUCCCAACAGCAAAAUCGUUUCCAAUCUCUGCACCCUGCUGAAAAGUGACACGGACUUUACACCAAAACUAAUCAUACCAGAUCGCGAAAUUCGACACUUUGAUCCAGCCAACACAAGCGACACCAACCCGUACCAUGGAAUUAUCACCUUACUAAACCAACAGAAGACCAAGGAAGGUCACAAUGGGACUGCUUCGGGAUCACGUUGCCCUGGUAGACCGUCGUCGGUUACAUCGGAUAUUCCAACGGUCGAAGACGCCCUCAACGAGAACGAAGAAACUAGUCGCAAACACGCCCGAACUCAGCGGCUAGGAGCCACACAUGCCAUAACCACGAUCUGUUCAUACUUUAAGCAAAACCUUCCGGACAAACUUCCCGUACUGUGGCAGUUAAUGACGGAGAAGAUCAUUACCAAAGUCGACGAAAAUUUUGUCGAUCGCCUUUGUCGGCAAAUCGUGAACCAGGAGGAAACAAAUGACUUUAUGACAUCGUUGCAGCUAAUUGAAGUUGCUUCGCGACAUAUCGACCCGGCCUUACAUGAUCAGCUGUUUCAGUUGUUACCGAAGCUUUGCUUGUUGCUGAGACAUCCGUUGAAAUCGAUUCGUCACAUGGUUGGGCGAUGUCUCGGCACGCUGGCUGUGGUCAAUUCACAAGUCGUAAUGACGAUGGUGAUCAACGAUAUUGUACCGAUGCUUGCAUCGAUAGAGAACGUGAUCAAGCGUCAAGGUGCCGCAGAGGCAGUUGCGUGCAUUCUUAGCAAGCUACAGAUGGAGAUCGUUCCAUACGUAGUACUGUUAGUUGUUCCUUUACUUGGGCGCAUGAGUGAUCCCGAUCAAUCGGUUAGACUCGUAUCGACUCACUGUUUUGCCACGCUGAUCCAACUGAUGCCGUUGGAUGGAAUCACACCGGAUGUACGCGGGCUUUCUGAGGAUCUCAAAACCCGAAAGCUUAAAGACAAGGAGUUCCUCGAGUAUCUUUUUACUCCGAAAACGAUUCCUGACUUCAAAAUACCGGUAAAAAUAAACGCCGAUUUGAGAAGCUACCAACAGUCGGGUGUCAACUGGUUGUGGUUCCUGAACAAAUACAAACUGCAUGGAAUCCUGUGCGAUGAUAUGGGUCUGGGAAAGACUCUGCAAGCUAUUUGUAUUCUUGCUGGCGAUCAGUACCAACGCAGCAUUGAUCCGAAAUGUGCAAAGUUGCCGAGUUUGGUCAUAUGUCCUCCGACACUCACCGGACAUUGGGUGUAUGAGGUGGAGAAGUUUCUGCCGACUCGUUUCCUACGUCCACUUCAUUAUGUUGGAUUGCCGGCGGAUCGUGAGCGACUGCGCCAUAAGCUAGGCACCUACAAUUUGAUCAUUGCUUCCUAUGAAAUAGUUCGGAAGGAUAUUGAGUUCUUCAGUUCCGUUCAUUGGAACUAUUGCGUGCUUGAUGAAGGACACAUAAUCAAGAACGGCCGGACUAAGAGCUCCAAAGCAAUUAAGCAAUUGGUAGCAAAUCAUCGCUUGAUUCUGUCAGGUACCCCAAUCCAGAAUAACGUAUUGGAACUGUGGUCACUGUUCGACUUUUUGAUGCCAGGAUUCUUAGGAACGGAGAAACAGUUUAGCAUUCGUUUUUCGCGUCCUAUUCUGGCAAGUCGUGAUCCAAAGAGCUCUGCGAAAGAGCAGGAAGCCGGAGCGCUUGCUAUGGAAGCAUUGCAUCGACAGGUUCUGCCGUUUUUACUCAGGCGUGUGAAGGAGGACGUGCUGACUGAUUUGCCGCCGAAGAUUACCCAAGAUUUGUUGUGUGAAUUGAGCCCUCUGCAGGAGCGACUGUACGAAGAUUUCAGUCGGACGCAUCUCAAUUCGGACAUCCGGGAAUGUUUGGAGAACAUUGACGGACAAAUUGUGAGCAAGAAGACUCACGUGUUCCAGGCAUUGAGAUAUUUGCAAAAUGUUUGCAAUCAUCCGAAGCUUGUUCUUCAACCAUCGCAUCCGGAAUACCAAACCAUUUUAUCGGAAAUCACUUCAAUGGAUGAUAUCGAGCACUCGGCGAAGCUGCCGGCACUAAAGCAACUACUGCUGGACUGUGGUAUCGGAACCAACGAAGAUAUGUCGGUCAACCAGCACCGGGCCUUGAUUUUCUGCCAACUGAAGGCCAUGUUGGACAUAAUCGAGCAUGAUUUGUUAAAGAAGCAUCUUCCGGCGGUUUCAUAUCUACGAUUGGACGGCAGUGUUCCUCCCAGUUCGCGCCAUCAAAUUGUGACUAAGUUCAACGGAGAUCCCAGUAUUGAUGUGCUGCUGCUAACAACUCAGGUUGGCGGUCUCGGUUUAAAUCUCACCGGAGCGGAUACGGUCAUCUUCGUCGAGCACGACUGGAACCCUAUGAAAGACCUCCAGGCCAUGGACCGAGCGCAUCGUAUCGGUCAGAAGAAGGUGGUAAACGUCUACCGCCUUAUCACGCGUAAAUCGCUCGAGGAGAAGAUCAUGGGUCUGCAAAAGUUCAAGUUGCUGACCGCCAACACGGUGGUGAGCGACGAAAACGCUUCGAUGGAAACGAUGGGCACCGAUCAGCUGUUGGAUUUGUUUGCGUUAAGCGAUGGUAAUCGGAAGCCGGACCGGUCGGAGAAGGGAGGCACGAGCGGGGGUUCAUCGGCCUCGGAAGCUGGAGGGUCAGGUGCGGAUUCCAACGGUGCGAACGGAACUGGCGGUAAUAUGAGGAAUGUGUUGGAAAAUUUACCAGAACUGUGGGACGACAACCAGUACCAUGAGGAGUACGAUCUGUCCCAGUUCUUGGAAGGACUGAAGAAAAACUAGUCCGUGAGUGUGUGUUUGUGUGUUUAAGUUAUGAAAAAUAAUAUACGUUUUUCAACAGUUAAUAAGGUCAAUUGGAAUUGGAGCGUUGAAGCUCUACUAUUUUAUUAUUUUAUUUAAGUAGCGCUGAAAUAAGAUUGACGUAAUAACUUUUUCACACAAUUUUGAAUUACUAUCCUGUUUUUCUCUGUAAAGAUUCUUCCAAAAUGCAUCAAAUAAUUUUAAAUCACUUCCAACCAACAGUUUCAACAAAAUACAUCGAUAAAUUAUUUGUAAAAUAGGUAAUAAAUUGAAUUAUAUUCAAGCAAACCUGGAA